UAGAGGGCAGUAUCGCACCAUGCAGGCGCUGACCUGCCUAAAUGCAGCAGCAGCAGAAGACUGCUUUGAACUUUUGUUUUGGCCGUAUUCAUUUCUAUGGUUUUGACAUGACAGAUCCAGACAUGACUGUAAGUUUAGGUUCGUAUCAGAAAGUGUGUUUGUCAGAGACCCAGUUGGACUUCCCGGGACUUCCGUACUCCGUGUCAGUUCUGAAAGCGGGCUUCUGUUUACCUCAGAGCAACGGGACGUUCAGGGCAGAUGGAACUAUCAGCCUCGUCACAGGACCCAGGACUGUUUUGGUGGACACAGGGGGCCCGUGGGACAGGGCCUUCCUCCUCAAGUCAUUAGAAGACAGGGGUGUGGGACCCGGGGACGUAGACCUGGUCGUGGGAACUCACGGACACUCGGACCACAUUGGCAAUCUGAACCUGUUUCCCUCUGCUGUUCUGAUUGUGGGCCAUGAUGUCAGUGAAGGGGACACGUACCGACCCAGCGGGUUGGCUGAGGGACAGGCCUUCAUAAUCGACGAACACGUAUCUGUCCUUCCCACCCCAGGUCACACGGGACAGGAUGUCAGCGUCCAGAUCAGAGGAUCGUCAGCAGGCACUGUGCUCAUCGCAGGGGAUUUAUUUGAGAGCUGGUCUGAUGAGGACACCUGGAGGGAUCUGAGUCUGAACCCUGCAGUUCAGGAGGUCAACCGCCAGAAGGCACUCCAGGCCKCUGAUGUCAUCAUACCAGGACACGGACUUCCUUUCAGAGUUGUGAGGAACUAAUAAUACAGAGAUGUGAAGGUUCUGGGAGGAUUACAGUUUAAUUACACUAGAUAACAGUAUCACCUUGAAUGAGCUGGACUGUAGUUGUUCUGCCAAAAGAUAAGAUAUUCUUCCAGAACAGCACUGAUUCACACAGAGGAGUGUUCCUCACUGCUUUAACUGCACACAAUAAAUUUGUCAGUGUAUACGUUUUUCAGCUGCCUUGUUUCUAUGAGUUUUGAUUUUCAUAUAUUUGUCUGAAAAAUCAUUAUUUUAUUUAUCUUGUUUUGUUGAGGGUGCAGACUACUCUUGUUAAGGCAACCAAUGUCCAGCUCAGUAAUGUUCAGGAGAGAUUUAUUUAUUUUUAUUAUUGUAUGUCCACAGAUGAAUAUUUCAAAUCUAAGGACAUGCUUUUUUGAUUUUUUUUUAAAUACCCACAGGCACAGGAAAUAACUUUUUAAAGAGUCGGGUAGUACUUUUAAUUAAUUUGAAUCUACUUGAAUUUAAUUAUAUGUCUUAUGUCUCGUUUUUAAAAGGAAGCUAACCCACUUCACUGUAAUCAAAUUUACCUGAGCACAAAUAAAGCUGAUUGGAUGUUCUUUA